AGGGGAGGCUGGUGGAGUCAAUCGGAGCCAGACUAUAUAAGCUUCUCAUCUCCUAGCUGAGGCCACUUCUUUCUCUGAGCUCCGUCUAAAGGAGGUGUCAGGAUGAAGCUCAUAUUUGCAGCUGCCUUUGCACUCUUUGCGCUUUCUACCUUUGACCAGGUAGAUUCCUCAGCUUAUGAUAAAAUAGUGAGCCACAGCCGCAUAAGGGCAAAGAAGCAAGGGCCGAACGUGUGCGCACUCCAGCAUGUGUUGGGAACCAAGAAGAAGUACUUUAGUACUUGCCGUAAUUGGUACCAAGGAACCAUCUGUGGGAAGAAAGCUACUGUUGUCUAUGAGUGCUGUCCAGGAUACAUGAGGCUGGACGGUGUUAAUGGCUGUCCUGCUGUUGCUCCCAUUGACAAUGUGUAUGAGACCCUCGGUCUCGUGAAUGCAGUCACCACGCAGCAGUACUCGGCCUUGUCCAAACUAAAGGAGGAGAUUGAAGGACCAGGAUCUUACACCUUCUUUGCCCCCAGUAACGAAGCUUGGGAUCUUUUAGAUGCGGAAAUAAGAGGUGCUUUGGUGAGCAAUGUCAACAUCGAGCUGUACAAUGCUCUUCACUACCAUAUGGCUAACAAGCGCCUUCUCACCAAAGACCUGAAGAAUGGACUCAAGAUCAAGUCUAUGUACAAUGACCUUACUCUCUACAUCAACCACUAUUCCAAUGGUGUGGUUACUGUCAACUGUGCUCGGAUCAUUCAUGGGAACCAGGUGGCCACCAACGGAGUGGUGCAUGUCAUUGAUCGUGUUAUCACUGCUGUGGGCAACACCAUUCAGGAUGUGCUGGAUAUUGAGGAUGAUCUGUCUUCUCUGAAUACUGUAGCUACUAAUGCUGGUCUGUUUGAGAUGUUGGGCAAGCCUGGCCACUUCACUCUGUUUGCUCCCACCAACGAUGCCUUUUCUAAGCUGGACAAAGAAGUAUUGGAUAGACUUAUGGGUAACAAAGGUGCCCUCAAAGCCCUGUUCAAUUACCACCUCUUGGACUCGGUCCAGUGCUCAGAAGCUAUCAUGAGUGGCACCUCAUAUGAGACCGUGGAGGGCAGCAACAUCGAAAUUGGCUGCGAUGGAGACAGUCUCACCGUUAAUGGUGUCAAGAUGGUGCUCAAGAAGGACAUUGUCACCAGUAAUGGAGUUAUCCACCUGAUUGAUCAGGUGCUCAUGCCAGACUCAGCUAAGCAGGUGAUGGAGCUGAUUGACCAGUCACAGUCUACGUUCGGUGAUAUGGUGUCCGAACUGGGUCUGGCAGCGGCCAUGAGACCGCAGGCCGAGUACACGCUUCUGGCUCCCCUCAACGCAGCCUUCAGUGACGAGGUCUUGUCCACGGACCAGAGUCUCCUGAGAAUCAUUCUCGAGAACCACAUCCUGAAGAAGAAGAUUGUGUUGAGUCAGCUGUUUAAUGGCCAGCGUCUGGAGACUCUGGGGGGAAAGUUCCUCCGGGUGUUCGUGUACCGCACGGCUGUGUGCAUUGAGAACGCCUGUCUGAUCCGAGGAAGCAAAGAGGGACACAACGGCGCUCUCCAUCUCAUGAAGAUUCUGCUCAAACCAGCUGAAUCUAACAUGUACCAAAUACUGGUUAAACGUGGAGGCUUCAGAAUCUUUUUGUCUCUGAUGGAGGCGGCUGGUCUGACUGAUUUGCUGAAGCAGGAGGGAGAAUUCACACUGUUUGCUCCAAGCGAUGAGGCUCUUGCUGGACUCACUGAAAGAGAUAUCAACAUUCUGAAGAGUGAUCCCAAUGCCCUCAGAGCCAUCCUGCUCUAUCACUUCAGCAAAGGUAUUUUCAUCGGUGGAGGCUUGGAGUCCGGAGUCACUAAUCUACUAAAAUCUCUUCAAGGCACUAACCUCAAAGUCUUGUCUGGGAAAGAUGGCAUGAAGGUGAACUCUGUGCAAGUUCUCGACUCUGAUCUUAUGGCUUUAAACGGAGUCAUUCAUGUCACCAAUAGCCUUCUGUACCCUGAAGAUGUUCCUGUUGGAAGCCAGGAAUUCCUCACACUGCUGAGACGGUUCAUCAAGUACAUUCAGAUCAAGUAUGUAGCAGGCUACAGAUUUAGGGAGAUUCCUCUGACAUUCAUGAAGAGAAUCGUCAUGGUUCCCGAAGUCACUAAAGUGACCAGAGUCAUUGAGGGGAAACCGUCUGUUACAAAAGUUACACGUGUUAUCGAGGGAGGACCAAGCGUUACCAAGGUGACAAGAGUCAUCGAGGGAGAUCCAAGCAUGACCAAGAUUACGAGGGUCAUCGAAGGUGACCCGUCUUUCACCAAAUUUACAAGAGUCCUGGAAGGUGACCCGUCUUUCACCAAGGUUACAAGAGUCGUGGAAGGUGACCCGUCUUUCACCAAGGUUACAAGAGUCGUGGAAGGUGACCCGUCUUUCACCAAGGUUACAAGACUCAUCGAAGGUGACCCGUCUUUCACCAAGGUUACAAGACUCAUCGAAGGGGAGCCUUCUCUUACCGAAGUGACCCACGUUGCUGAAGGUCCUGAGAUCUUAUUCAGCAGCACUGCCGAUAUGGAGCACAAUGGGCCUCAGACAAAGUUUAUUACUAUGGAUGUUGCAGAUGCUGAGAAACUUACCCACACCAUUCAGGAUGGAAGACGAGUGCCAGGAAAGCGUGUGCAAGGUGUACCCAGAAGGAGAACCAGGAUGACUAUCCAACCUAAGACUCAGUGAGAUGGGAAAAACAAAUUGAACCCUUCAAAUGUUUAAAAGAAAUCAGGGGUUCAAGGGAAUCAUUUGUUUCAUAAGAAAAAAGUGGCCUUUUUCAUAAGAUACUUUUCAAUCGAAGAAAUUAUUUUCAUCAUUUGUUAUUUGUUAAUCCAGAGAGAAUUUCAAUAUCCCCGUAUGUACAUAUUUUUAGAUUUUUUUUUUUGUGUGUGCGUGUGUGUGUGUGUGUGUGUGUGUGUGUGUGUGUGUGUGUGUGUGUGUGUGUGUGUGUGUGUGUGUGUGUGUGUGUAUUCAUUUUGUAAAGGGUUACAUUUGGAAAAGACUUUUACUAAAAAUUCACUCCCAUCUGUGUAUGUUUAACUUUUUUUUUAUUUUUUUAAAAGAAGCAUUCGGUUUGUUCAGAUCCGUUUCAGAGAACAUUUCCGAGUACACGGUUAACUCCUUAAACUAAGAUGGAACAUGAAUCCAGAUUUUGUUGGGUUGAGGUUUACUUCUGCAUGACCAAAGAUUUAAUGGUGCUCAUGUUCUGUAUUUGUUUCUUUUAAACAAUAAAAGUUUGCAAGAUUUUGUUAAA